AUGGACGCCCCUCAGACCAAGCCGCCCGUCUCUGAGAUGACCGAGGCCGUGCAGGAGGCGAGGGACGAGGCGCUUGGCGCCAAUGUCCACUCCUUCGACCCAUCGGCAUCUCCCGCCGAAAAGGCUGCACAGGCUCGCAAAGCAGCCUCCGCAGUCACGCCAGUCGACAUGUCGGCCGCUCCCUCCCUUCGCAAAGGCGAACUCGGACAAUUCACGAAAGACGGCGGAAGCUCUGUCUCGAGCGAUGUGGGCACGAAGGGCGAGAAGAUCGAGGUUACUACAGGCGCCAAGGCGGCAGAGUUCGAGUCGACGAAGGAGAAGGAGAGUGGGAAGCCGCUGAACGAUGCGGAGAGGGCCAAGAAGAUUGCGCAGGACGAGGGACGGGUCGACGAAGAUGGCGUCAAGAGUCCGCCCGGAGCGAUGCCGAACAAGGAGGCGGAGAAGGGCAAGCCUCGCGAGAUUCCCUCCUGGUUCGCAAUCGGCUGGAACGGACAGGACAAGUCCUUCUUCCUCUCGCCCGAGGACGCUCGCGAGCGCUCCAUCCUGAGCGACUUCUUCACCGACGCGUACCACAACGCCGGCAUCAUCGUCUUCGCCGUCGUCGCGACGCACUUUGUCACCCUCUUCGGCGGCGGUUGGGGCUGGAUGGUCAUCAUCUUGGCCGUCUGCGCAACCUACUACGAGACUUCGAUCAAGCGCGUCAGGCGCAACGUCAGGGACGACAUGGCGCGCGAGGUGGCCAAGAAGGGCUUGAAGACGGAGGUCGAGAGCGCGGCGUGGAUCAACUCGUUCCUCCAGCGCUUCUGGCUCAUCUACGAGCCUAUCCUCUCUGCGACCAUCGUCGCGUCCGUCGACCAGGUCCUCUCGGUCUCGACUCCCGCCUUCCUCGACUCGCUCCGCCUCACGACCUUUACGCUCGGCACGAAACCUCCUCACAUCGACCACGUCCGCACCUUCCCCGACACGGACGAAGACGUUGUCGUGAUGGAGUGGGCCGUCUCGUUUACGCCGAACGACCUUGCCGACAUGACGCAUGCUGCGGCAGCGAAGAAGGUCAACCCGAAGGUCGUCCUUGAAAUCAGGAUCGGAAAGGGUAUCGCUAGUAUCGGCAAGGAUAUCAUAGUCGAGGACAUCUCGUUCAAGGGCGUCAUGAGGAUCAAGCUCAAGCUCAUGAACAACUACCCGCACGUCAAGACCGUCGACCUCUCCUUCAUGCACCCUCCCGACUUCGACUUCGUUCUCCGUCCCGUCGGCUUCGACUUGAACUCGGUCUUCCCUGGCCUGUACUCGUUCAUCAAGAGCACCGUCGACUCGUCUAUCGGCCCGAUGCUCUACGACCCGAACACCUUCACCCUCGACCUCGAACAGAUGCUCUCAGGUGCACCGAUCGAUACGGCUGUCGGCGUUCUUGCGGUCACGAUUCAUUCGGGCAAGGGGUUGAAGGGGACGAAGAUUGGAGCGGGCGCACCGGAUCCCUAUGUCUCGAUCAGCAUCAGCAAUCGUGCCGAGCUCGCAAAGACCAAGAUCAAGCGCAACACCUCGACGCCGCACUGGCAGGAGACGCACUUUGUCCUGCUCAACACGCUCAAUGACGCGCUCACGAUGAAGGUCUUCGACUACAACGACCACCGGCCCGACUCGGAUCUCGGCACCGUCUCGUUCGACCUCAAGUCGCUCGCGGACGACGGCGAGCAGCCUGAUCUCAUCGGCGAGGUGAUCCUCGAUGGUAAGCCGAGGGGCCAAGUCCGCUACGACCUCAACUACUACCCCGUCCUCAAACCGACGAAGCUUGCGGACGGAACGCUUGAGCCUGUCCCCGAGACGACCGCCGGUGUUGCUCGCGUCGUUGUCCACCAGGCCAAAGACCUCGACCCGAAGGGCGAGCAGAUCAACCCGUUCAACGUCCUCAGCCUCAACAAUCAGCGCGUCCACCGCUCGCAGACGCUGAAACGCACCGCCAACCCGGUCUGGGAGAAAGCGCACGAGUUGCUCGUCACCGCCAAGGACUCGGCCGUCAUCGGUGUCGAGGUCGUCGACGACAACUCGAUCCGGUCAGACACCAAGCUCGGGUUCUGCAAGGUCCGCCUCGUCGACAUCCUUGAGGCCAACUCGAAGGGCAACGACUGGUUCCCGCUCAGCAACGCACGCAGCGGAAAGGUCCGCAUCACGGCCGAAUGGAAGCCAGUCCUCAUGGCCGGCGCGAUCAACGGCGCGGGCGCGUACACCGCCCCGCUCGGCGUCGUCAGGUUCUGGUUCAAGCGCUCGAGGGAUCUCAAGAACGUCGAGGCCUUCACCGGCGGAAAGAGCGACCCAUACGCACGCAUCUUGUCGAAGGGUCUCGUCGUUGCGCGAACGAUGGUCCACGACAACAACCUCGACCCCGAGUACGACGAGAUCGUCUACGUCCAGGUUCACUCGCCCCGCGACUCGUUCGUCAUCGAGGUCAUGGACUACAACCACAACACGAAGGACCGCACGCUCGGCCAGACCGAGUUCUCCGUCUCGGGCAUCCUCGCCGAGGGACCCGACAAGCGCAACAGGCCGUGGAUCGGCACUGGCAAGGUCAGCAAGACCGAGAUGCUCAAAUCGGACAACAAGCGCACGGUCAAGGGCAACAUCGAGUUCGAAGCCGAGUUCUUCCCCUGCACGCCGCUCAAGAACGUCUCGUUCACCCCGCCGGACGAGAUGUCGUCGCAGGCCAAGAUCACCGAGGUCGACGAGGACGAGAGCGGUGCGAACGAGGAGACUAUCGAGCCUGAAGGCGACGGCAAGGCGGCCGUUUCGACGCCAACUACCGCCUCGUUCGUCAGUCCGCCGACGAGCCCGUCGAAGCCAAACGCUUCUGGCUCGAAUGGCGGUGCGAAGGAGGAGGACGAAGGUGUCACGGUCCCGCGCGAGCAGCUCCUCAGGACGCAGACGGGUGUCCUUGCGUUCCAGGUCAUCAGCGGGAACCUGUCGAGGAAGGGAGCAAGGCUCGAGGUUUUGAUGGACGGCGGAUACUGGCCGUGCUUCUCGACGGAACGCUCUCGUUCUGCUCACAACACGUGGGACGAGAUUGGCGAGGUCCUCAUCCGCGAACUCGACUUCUCGACCAUUACUCUCGCCCUCAACGACGCCGAGAAGGACACGCGCGAAGACAUCCUCGCCAAGGUGCAAAUCGACAUGAACGACUUCCUCGAGAACACGCUCGAUAAGCCGUACACGUUCACCCUCCUUCCGACCGAAGGGCACAGUUCGCGCUCGACCGUCACGAUCAUGUCCAAGUACAUUCCCGUCGACAUGCAGAUCCUGCCUCGCGAGUCGGUCAACAACUCGGGAGUCAUCCGCGUCGACGUCCUCGAUGCAAAGGGCUUGCCGUCUGCCGACAGGAACGGCAAGUCGGACCCGUACGCCAUCUUCGAGCUCAACGACGAGCGCGUGCACAAGACCGAGGUUGUCAAGAAGACGCUCGCGCCCGUUUGGAACGAAAAGUUCGAGAUGCAGGUCCCGUCGCGCGAGGCGGCCAGGUUCAUCGUCGAGGUGCACGACUGGGACCGCGUCGGCGCAUCCGACAAGCUCGGCCGUGCGCAGAUUGACCUCCGCGACAUUGAGCCGUUCGAGCCUGCCGAGCGGACCGUCCAGCUCUACGACUUCAAGAAUACGUCGCAGACGGCCGGCACGAUCCGCAUCCGCAUGGUAUUCCAGCCCGGCUUCAUCUACCGCUCUCGCAAGGCGACGUCGACGUUCUCAGCUGGCCGGAUCGGGACGACGCUCGGCGGCGGUGCGAUGGCUGUCGGAGGAGGCCUCGUGGGUGCAGGAGGGGCAGUUGGCAAGGCGGGCGUCGGCGCCGUUGGCACUGUCGGGAAGGCUGGUAUCCACGGCGUCGGGACGGUCGGCAAGGUAGGAGUGCAAGGCGUCGGCGCGGUCGGCAAGGGAGUUGGCGCGGUCGGCAAGGGCGUCUUUGGUCUCGGCCGGCGCGGUACGAAGGAGGGAGUCGCUGCCUCGCCCUCUAUGGCAGAACUGGCUGAUGCAGACGCGGCGGCCGCGGCUGGCUACUCUGUCCCUGCGGCCGACGGCGUCGAGGUCCUCGCAACGGACACGGCGCCCUUCCCUACCUCGGCUGCUGGAGCGGUCGUGGCCGCAGCCGGCACGCUCACUGUCACUGUCGGCGACUUGAGCGGCGGCGCCGACGCGAGCGAGAAGAAGGCCGUCAUCGUCAAGCUCGGCAGCAAGACCGUGCUCGAGACGCACUCGCACAAGUCGGCGGACGGCAAGGUCACGUACGGUGAGACGGCGGCAGUCAAGACGCCUGCUGACGGCGAGACGGAGCUUGGCUUCGCGGUCGUGCACAAGAAGACGUUCGGCGGUGACAAGGUCUUCUCGUCGGCCGUGCUGCCCGUCUGGCAGCACAUCUCGCCGACCGCGCCCGCCACCACCGUAACUCUCCCGCUCUCCGGCUCGCACCCCGGCGAGCUCGUCGUCAGCCUCUCGUGGAUCCCCGUUCCCGCCUUCCUCAACUCUGGUUCGCGCGCGCCCUCCGAGGCUGACGUCCGCUCCCUCGCCGACUCGACUGCGGGUGGUUCGCCUGCCGGCAAGACGAGAUCGCGCUUCUCGAGCGGCAGGUUCGGCCGGCACAAGGACCGCGAGACGACGCCCGUCGUCGAGUGA